UCCCUCUGAAAUGGGUUGGGCUUGUUUUGAAAGGCAGUGCCACUUUUUUUUUUUCUCGUGAGACUUCGCCAUGCUGAUUGUUGGCACUGGAGACUGUACUCAACAAAAACUUUUGAGCUGUUGUGUGUUUAGCAUGAGUGAAAUAAAAUCGGCCGAAUAUUCUGCGCAUUCUUAUAUAAAUAUAUACCUACUAAAAAGAUACUGUCAUAAUGAAAUGUAUUACUUUAUUGGCUACAAACUGCCCAUUAAAUUUGUGUGAAUAAUAAAACGAGGCUAUUGAAAGUUACGUAGAGAUGCAUUUAGGUACAUAGGUGAGGUAUUGUCUCACUUGUUUACAACAGCAUCACAUACAAAGUAGUAAGAGUAGGCUUUCAUGAUUUUAAAACUUUGAAAGCUUUUUAAUUCCACGUGCACUUGGUUACAAUAAUUUAUCAAAACAAUUUAUUCCACAAAGUAACACAAUAAAAGCAACACAUUAUUCGCCAAUGUAACAAAAAUGGCAACAAGGUACUCGCUUAGUGAAACAUUAACAAAAUUGGGUCAAAAGGGCGGAAGUGGCGGCUUUGGCAUGACAGUUUGCAGAGAGAGAGAGAGGUAGCGAGACUACGCAAGAGCACACUUAGUACCAGAAUUGUAUGGGUUUAGUUUUCAGUAUGUCUUCUGCAGUGCUAGUGUUAAGUUUUGAAGUACUGGGGACCUGUACUGGUUGCCUGUGAUUCGCAUGUGAUCUGAGGUCUACCGUGACCAUAUCGGACAAGAAAUUCCAGUAUUUUUAUUUUACCAAUGCAAUUAUGGCAGUGAAGGAAAAGCAACCGGGCCUUGGGAAAAUUAUUAAUCUGUUAAACAACUUUGUCCUAAUGUCUGUUGUUGUCUCUUGGGAUGGAGUAACGGCACAGAACGUCCCAGGCCUGGUUAAGUUUUCACUGGGUCGGUUUCAGAAAGUGUCCGUGACACAGAACUUUCCUGUGGAGGCUGUGUUAACCAGAAUCCCAGGAGACAUCACCCACGUCAUCUUCCAGUUUCACAGUCAGUACUGCAAUGCAACCGUCUCCUAUGAUCAGGAAUACCACAAAGAAGAUUUGCUCCAGGCACUGAGAAGUGAAAACAUGAGAUUUCUUGAACAGUCAACAGAUAAGGCUCCUACUCCAAACACAUCCCUGACUGCCCACGAUGCAGGACUGGUUUCCGCUCUCCGUCUUCAGCAGAACUCAUUGCAGUGGUACAUGGAGUCUCCUGAAAGCAAACCUGUUUCUGGCAUGGCAGUCAUUCUGCCCUACAAAGCAAAAGAUCCAGUUCCCGGAGGCUGUAACCUGGAGUAUAACCUUGACAUAGAGCCCAAUAUUUAUCUGCACUAUAAUCUGUUUGAGACAAUCAUUUGGUUUGCACCAGCAAAUAUAGGACAUGCAAGGGGACAGACUGCCCCGUCCUGCAACGUCAGCAGUGGGCAGACCUCCAGAAUGCGCCUUGAGUAUGAUAUCUAUCAAUACUUCCUUCCUGAGAGCGACCUCUCUGAACAGGUCUUCAUAGGACACAUUCAGAAAAUGGCAAACAUACGCGAGGUGGCAGCCAAUGGGAAAAAACUGAUCACCUUGAGUUCAAAUGACCAGCCCAUGGUGUCCUUCAGUUCUCUUCCUGGUCAGGGUGUGAUCUACUCCAUCAUAGUGAGGGAUCCUGUUUUUAAUACCUCUGCCUCCUAUGUGCCUGUUCACACCUAUGCCUGCAGCUUUACCUCCACGCUGGAUAACUGCUACACUCUAGGAAAGAUUUCUACAAAGGUCUUCUUUACCAUAGCUAGUAUGGCUGGCCUUUUCGUUUGCUUCUUUGGGCACAGGUUCUUCAAAUCUGAACUCUUUUGUAUGGGUUUUAUCUUCACUGCAUUCCUAUUCUUCGUGCUUAUCACAAGAACAACACCCCUAAGCUAUGACAUGAGGCUGUCCCUGACAGCAUUGAUGGGGGUGGUGGGUGGAGUGCUGCUGGUGCUCUGCUGGUGGAGAUUCGGCUCUCCUCUCCUCUCCAUUUUGAUAGUCGGCCUUAUACUGGGAUUCCUCUUUUCAUCCAUCCUCUUCUUCACCCCAAUAGGAGAUUUUGAAAUCUUCCGCAGUGAUGUGGUUUUCUGGGUGACCUUCACUAGCAUUGCUCUAGUCAUCCCUUUAAUAUGUGUCGGGCUCCCUAGAGAGGGAAACAUAACAGCGUGCGGAGUUGUUGGAGGAUAUACAGUGAUUUUAGCUGUGAAUAGUUACACUUACACCAGCCUCACCUACAUAACAUUAGACAUCCUGAAGCGAGCCCUGAACAACAACUUCAGCAAAGCCUUCACAAACAUCCCUUUUCAAGGAAUUGAUUUCAUUAUGAUUACUGUGUGGGCUGUCCUGGCUGUCAGCGGAAUGGUCCUUCAGCUCUACAGAGAGAGGACCAGGCCAGUCUUUCCUCCGAGCCCCUACAUGAUGUGGAAACAAGAGAGGGACCGUCGGAAAACCAACAUCCUGGACCCCAGUUACCAUGUCCCGCCACUGCGAGCACGCUUGAAAAGCAGAGUGGAGGAGAUGUUUCGAAGGGAAGAGCCUGCUGGAGAGAGAACACCACUGCUUUUAUGACCUAUAUGGCUGUUCUGGUGACAUUAGUGAACAUAAAAAAACUGCAAUGAAUAGAGGAUUCCACAAGGUGGUGCUUUCAGCUACCAUCUCUUCUUGUGAUUUGCUGGGGAGACAGUGGAACACAGCUGCCAUUGCCCUUCCCAUCUUUCUGGUUUAUAUGGUUACCUGCAGGUAGAAAUGGGAUAGUGGAAUUUAAACUUAAAACAUGAUCCAGAGGAUCAAAGCAGCCACACCAGCUACUUUAAAAAAAAAAAAAAAAAAAAAAAAAGCCUACUGUAUUCUUAGCCCCCCCCCUCUCCAAGUGCCUUCCCAUCCUUGAAUUUUACCUGUCCAAAAACACACCAAAGUCAAGCAGAAGAGGGAGUGAAUAUUAUGAUGGGGCAGGUGGAAUAGAUGGGUGCUAGGUGCCCAAGAUGCUAGAUGAGAAAUGAUGGAAUCCAGCCAUCAAACACAGGCCACUUGUAUUUGAGAGCCAGGACGCUUGUUAAUGCCAGACUAUUAUGGCUGCAGAUCAAAUUGUGUUGUGCAGGGUUCCAAAGUGAAUCCCAGUAUAUUCAAAAUGAAUUAAAUAACCAGAAAACCUCCAUGUGUUUUAUAGUUAAGCCCAAGUGGCUCAUAGUAUCCAUUGGUAUUGUAAUGCUUUACAUUGUACCUCUUAAAGUAUGUUCUUAAGAAAAACCUAGCACAACUGUUUAGUAAAUCUAUAAAUCACUUAAUAGCAAAUAAUUAGUCAUUUAUAUGCAUUGUUUGUAAAAUUUGUAUCGAGGUCCAAAACUGCAUAUCAUUACUUUAAAAGUAUUUAAAAUAAUAUGCCUUUUAAAAAAAAAAAAAAAAAAAGUGCAUUAUUUUCAAAGUGGUGUGUUCAUGACACAGGUUCCAAAAUGAUACUUGUAAUUCUGUUGUGCACUGAUGUUGACAUUUCUUUACUCUUGUCUAAAAUUGAUCAAUAGUUUUUGUUUUUACAGUGAAGUUUUUACAGUUUUACAGUGAAAAAUAGAAAUAACCCCACAUUAAAGUUCACAUAGGUUAAGACACUAUAAAGUGCUGCGUAACUUUUUAUGCUGCUAGUUUUGCAGUGGUUAGAAUACACUUGAAGUUGUAUCCUUGACUGUUUGGAGGUCUUUUGUUAAGGUGAGAAUAGUAAUCUUUUUAAAUAAACUGCAAUACACUUGUUAACUUAUUGGUUCCCAGGGCUGCUACUUUGGGGAUUAUUCCUGUUGCAGACGGAAAUACCUCAAUGACAAUUGCAGUAUAAACACAUGCACUAAUCUUUAAGCAAGAUAUUUACUCAUUUUGUUAGAAUCCUUGUUAGUUAUUACAUAGAAAUUAAACUGGCAUGUAAGGUUAACAAUGCAGAAAUUGUGGAAAAUUGUGAGUAAAUCUCUCUUGCAAGAGUUUAUAGUCUGCAUUUUGUCAAAGCAUUCUGUAUAUAAAAAGUUGACAUAAAAUUCUGAAGAUUCAGCCACAGUGGGUCACUGUUAAUGCCAUUAACUAUUUCCUGCAUCAGGAACGUUACUGGUGCAAAAAGAUUUGCAUGCACGGUUUAAAGAAUAAAUGAGAAGUGUGCCAAUUGCAGACUCAAACUAUGCUUAAAGUAGUUAUACAAACCACUUACGUGAUACCUAAUGAGUAAGUUGCUCAAAUGAAAUUCUUUACUUUUUCUGAUUUUUUUUUUUUUUUUUUUUACUGCCCCCUGCCUUUUUAUUGGUGUUUUGUGGUUUUACUAAACAUGUAUGCAUAUGAACUGGUAAAUAUAUAAAAUGCUAA